AUGGCCGUCCUAGGCAAGCGCAAAGCGCCCGCAUCAUCAAUAUCUGAACCAGACGCGAAUGAAUUACUCCGCCGACAUUUCGAGGCUAGGUUCCAACCACUCGAAGAAAGACUUUCCAACACAAAGUCGGAAGAACAGGCAGAUGAGGGUGACAGUGACGAGGACUCCGAAUGGGGCGGAUUAUCAAACGACGAUGCCGCCGGCAGCGAUGAGGAGGAAGGCGAUGACGCGGAGGAUCUUCUCGAGGGCGAGUCCGGCGACGACGACACACCAGCAAUCGAAAUAAUCGACCACUCAACCCCCCAGCUGCCCAAAGAGUCAAUGUCCAAGCGCGAACUCAAAGCAUUCAUGUCCUCGCGGCCCCCGGACCAAUCCGCAACCCCCAACCCCAUCCAACCCGCCGUCUCCUCCAACCCGUCCACCCUCCCCGAGGACGCACCCUCGCUCCUCAAACAGGAUCUCGAACUCCGCCGCCUCCUCGCAGAAUCGCACCUCCUCGCCCCCCACGCCGCCGCCAAGUCCCUCUCGUCCGCGUCCUCCUUCGCCGCGCAACCAAAAUCCUUUGCGGCAGGUCGAACGCGGCAAAAGGCAACAGACCUACGUGUCCAAGCGCUCGGUUCGAAGCUGUCAAUACAUAAGCAGGACAAGAUGCCGAUGCACAUGAGAAAGGGCAUGGCUGUGGCUGCGGAUGCACGCGAGGCCAAGAGGAGACGCGAGGCCAAGGAGAAUGGAAUCAUUCUAGAGAGAGAAACGGGAAAGCAAAGGCGGACGAGAGGCCGGAGAAGUGAUGUUGAUAGACCGGGAGUGGGCAGACUGAGGGGUGCCGAGUUGCGCAUCAGCGAAAGGGACGUCAAAAGAAUUGAGGGUAACCGGGAUGUAUUUGGGCGCAACGGGAGAAGAUAG